AUGGCAGAAGCAUCCGCUCAGCAGCAAUACCCCAAUCUCAACCCGUACGAGUCGUCAAACGGCUCUUCAAUGGGCCAGAAGGCACAAGAGGCGGGCAACACAAUAGCAAACAGUAAGUCAUCCAUACCUCCACCAGCCUGGAAAGCACGCACUAUUCAGGCAUAA